AUGCUUUUUUCAAAAUACAAUGUCAAUCGUUUACAAAACAAGCGUCAAAAAAAUGCUCUUUUUUCUAUAUGCUUUCUGAUCAGCAUACAGUUACUGGAGUGCGCGGCAGCACCUUUGGAUAUUAGCACGUUCAUCGAUAAUACUAUAAGCGAGAAAUUGAAAGCGGUCUUUAUCGUCCUUAAAACAGUUCUACUUGCUUAUGUGGCUCAUGCAAUGACUGUUCGUGUUGAUCAAUCGACUCUACUGCUUCCUGGGAUAUUUAAACGGGCAUCAUCUUUAGUAUGGCCGAUUUCCGGAAUAUACGAAGCUAUCGGCUCAAUGAUAAAACGGAUCAAUGGUGAUAAAAUUAUCGGACUUCCCGAUAGAAAAAGGCCAGAAAAGAAAAAGACGACUGAGAUAUCACAUCCAGAAAAUGGCAUACUUUUACAAGAAAAUGACGCACAACAAAAAUAUGACGACCUGAAAAAGUUUGCUGAAGAUGUAGAAAGUUUGGGAGGACAGAAAAUUAUUAAAGAUAACUCAGACGCCCUCGAUACAAUUCUUAGACAUAUGGGAGAUGACAAAGCCAGAGUUAUAAAGAAUUCUAUACUUAAUGAAGCCAUAUACCUUGGAUUUGAUAAUAACAUGGGCAAACAAAUGCAUAAUAUAACGCCAUACUUUUCCAAAGAUAUGGCAAUAACCGGUCCGGGAUCAGUGCGUAAGCACCAGAUACAAAUUCCUUCUUCACUCAUCAAAUAUCUUCCUGUAUCUACGCUUAUACAACUUGAUCAAGCUUUUGGAAUAGAGGAUUCUGGACACCUAGUCAAAUUUAUAACUCUACUUCAACUUUUGUGGACAGUGGGCGAAAUCAUUUUAGGCGUAGGCGAAAGUUGGUCAAAGCUUGUGAUGAUCAUAUAUACUUUCAUGUCCGUCCUCCAGACAGUUUCUCUUAUUGUUUUACCAGCCCAAGUUAUUGCCUUUAGUUUGAUUUAUGACUCCUCCAAAAACAAAAACGAUCUAGAGAAAGAAACUGGGGUUCAGGAUCCGGAAUCUCAAGGUAUAGAAAAAAACACCUUUCUGCAUCCAGUAUCAAGAAUCGUAUAUAGCAGCUUGCCACCAAAGUUCCAAGAGCUAUUUUCAUAUAAGAACGAUACACCAUACUACAUAUUCAGAAACUGCUAUCCAAAAGCAGAAAACAUUAAAGAGAUAUGCCAAGAACUUGUCGUUAAGAAACUACGUUUUACACCUCAGCCGAUUGGAAUAUGGGAAAUACUCGUAAUCUUUGGGUCGCCAGCCAUAUUUCUACUUCUUGGUUUGGUGGCUGAUUAUUCGAAAAGAAAUACCACGCAACAAUGGGUUAUCACUUGGCUUUUAGGAAGCUUCCCUCUGACUGUCCUAAGAAUUUAUGUAACUCUGUUUAAAUAUGUAACUAUAUCUGUACCUGUACCUGUACCUGUAUCUGUAUUUGUACAACGCAAUGGGCUGAGAUGCCAUGCCAGUGAACUCCUUUUGAACAAACGGCUUCAAAGAGAAGACUCUCCAAUGAAUUCAAAAAAACCAAAAACUGCUAUUCCUCGUACAGACAAUAUGCCACACUUUGCCCACUUGAGAUCUUUUAUUGGAAGCAGCAAACUAUUACUAUGUAUACUGCUGUAUAAUAUGAUAGAGAGGUGUUUCGCAGCCCCUUUUGAUCUCGGUGAAUAUGUUGACAGCCAUUUAUCAGAAAGUGAAAUUACCGCACUGAAAGUCCUCAAAACCGUACUUUUGGCCUAUGUCUCCCAUGCUGCCACUGUUCGACCCGACCAAAGUACACGCUUCCUCCCCACACUUUAUAAGCGCAUGUCCGCGUUAGCAUGGCCAACAAGCGGCAUAUAUGAAGCAGUUGGCUCUAUACGAAAAAAAAUGGACGGUGACAAUAUUCUCGGAAUCAAUAAAUCUACGGAAAAGCAAUCAACAAAGGACGAUCAAUCAAGAAGAGAAAGAGUUAUUAGCCAUGAAAGCAAUAAAGGCUCCAAUGAAAGUGAUAAGUCAGACGCGAAGCAUUUCUAUUCUCAGCACCAUAUUGAACGCAAUAUACGGACCCGUACCUAUCAAGAGAAGCAUCUCCAAAAAUCGCGAGGGAUUUCCGUGAGCCCGGAAAUAAAAGAAUACCCAUUGGCACCAGAGGACUUGUCGGCUGUAACCCCAACCCAGUCGCCAAAAACAAUCACAGCUUAUGACACGAUUUCUUCAGCAAUUACUGUCACUUUUAGCGAUGAAAACCCGGAACAGAUAAGACCAAAUAUCACUCAAAACAACCAGAAACUAUCUUAUGGGUCAGCAAUCAAUGAAACAAUCUCCGAAAAUGAAGAAGUAGACAUCGUUGAAAAGUUUAUUUUACCGAAAAACAGAAGAAGAGUACUCAAAAAAAGCGAAACCCUCAUCACUGUAUAUGCUGAUACGAUGACACUCACCGAAACUCGGGCUGGCUUUAAAGAAGGGAUUUAUGAUAAUGGGGAUCACCUUAAGAAGAUUUUAGAAGACAUUGGGCCAGAAAGAGCAGAAAGUCUCAAGAAGGCAAUACUUAGUGGCAGUAUACAUAUUGGAUGCAACACAGUUAAUGCAGAUGAAGAGUAUAGACCAUUUUAUUAUAAAACAAAAACCAUGACAAUAGCCGGUCCAGGGUCGAAACACAUGUACCAAAUCCCAGUCCAUCCAAAGAUCAUUCGCUACUUGUCAAAGACUAUGCUGAAUCAACUGAAAGAAGCUACUCGUUUGGAAGAAUCGUCUCAUUUGCCUAGAUUUAUCUCCUUGAUUCAAUUGGGCUACACUUUAUACGAGAUAAUCCGAGGUUCUGGUGAUAGCUGGUCAAAACUUAUUCUGGGCAUCUUUACUAUCAUGUCAAUCCUGCAAACAGCCUCAUUGUAUUUUCUUCCUAUGCAAGUUUCGGCAUUUAGUAUCGAGAGUGACCUUGAGAGAUACGAAGCUCUUUGUGAAGAAUUGGAGGUCAAACCGGUUUACAUAACAGAUGAUGAACUCUUGCAGAGUACUAUGAAACUUCUUACUCAAGGCGCCGAAAAAUCAGAAAGAAAGCAUGCUCGGAUUGCGUUGCACGCUCUAGCAAAAAGCAAUGUUCCAUCCCAUCUUGGUAUGAUACUUUUUGUGGAAAAGGAAACUAAGCUUAAGGGCAUUUCAACGCAGCCAUCAGGAAAAUGGGAGUAUUUUGUUCUUUCGUCAGGAAUAGUUAUCCCUUUACUACUUGGAAUCAUCGCAGGUUACAAAAGACAUACACGUACAGAGUGGAUAGUACUAGCAUGGAUCAUCAGCAGUAUACCCUUUACUUUCUUGAGACUCUUCUACCUCGAGCCCGAUUACAUUACUAAGAAGUCAUUUCCAUUUGCAACGUUCCUCAUGGUGAUUCCUGGAAUUACUUUGAUUUUUGUCGCCACUGUGUUUAGCUAUAUGCCAGUGUAA